GUUAAAGAAGAAAAUACUCGGACUGAUUCGUCCACCUGAACCAUGAAGCCCGCCGCCGCCACGCUCGGCUCUUUCCUCCGUCCGGCCGCCGCCGUCCUCGUGCCGCUGCUCCUGAUUGGCUGGGCCGCGGCGCUCCCACUGGACAAGACGCUCAGCCAGCCGCUGAGAAGCCGGGACACGUACCAGGCCGUCCGGGACGUGUCGCGACACGCUCAGUCUCAGCAGACGGAGGAAGACUCCAGCAGCAGCCGACUGAUGCCGCGAGUCGACACCGACCAGGACUACCUGAAGAUCUGCUGCCUCCACGCCAACAUCCUGGACUUCUACCUGAACAACAUCCUGCACCAGGGCGACAACAUGCACCCCAAGAUGCACCGGCUGAAGACCGACCUCCACCGCGUCAGCGAGGACCUGCAGACUCACGGCUGUAACGUCACUCACUACCACGAGCAUCGUCACGCUGUGGAGUUCCGCAGGAAGUUAAAAGCGGUGAGAUUUCAACACAUCACGUAUUUAUUGUCUUAUGUGCCACUGAACUAAAUAUACAUAUAAUAUGUGUAAACUAUCAUCCAAUGUCGCUACAUUUGGCUUUUAUACUAUUUGAUGACAUUUCAUAGAUCAAACCAAUUGAUUAAAUGUGGAAACAUGUAUGAAAAGAGAGCAUUGGUGCUCCGGUGGGUCUUUGCGUCUCUAACGGUUGUCUUUGUCUCUCAGAUGGGGGGAGAGCGGGGGAUGAUCAAGGCGGUGGGGGAGGUGGACAUCCUGUUCUCGUACCUGCAGGACUUCUGCAUCCAGCAGAGGAACCACACCAAGUCCAACUGA